AUGAGCAAUUUGCCCGCAACGGCUGACGCCAAAUCACCGAAGCUCGUUUGGAAUGCACACCACGACCGAGGCCUCGUCGACUGCGUGCUGCAACUCAAGGAAUUGUUGCGUGAUCCGCUGCGUUCCUACCCAAGAACCAAGUUUUGGAACGCCGUGUGUUGCCAGCUGCGCCGGAAGCACGGCCUGGCGUGCAACAGCAGGCAGUGCCGUGACCGCUUCAACCUUUUGUUUUCCAAGGCCCUUGUCCACAAGGUGGACCGUCGCUCCGGCUACCGCGAGCCCGCAGACCGCGCACUUGACGUGCUGCUGACCACCUGCACCGAGACUUUCUACUUCAGUAACGGGAAAAGCCUUGAACUGCAUGACCAACGUCCGAAUGUGGCAACGACUCCAUUGCCGGGCGCUACUGCGGCGGCCCUCGGCAAACCCGCCUCCGCGCCCUCCAUAUCUUGCUACGAAGCCCAGCAAUUGCAUGCCGAGUUAAAGACCGUCCGAGACGCCUUGGACGACCUAACUCAGGAAGUUGCUGCCAUCAAAGAUAAAGUACAGCAUUUGCAAGAGUUGCAAAACUUGCAUGGCAUGCAAGAUUAA